CAUCAAGCGCUGCGUGUAACGUUAUAAAUAACUGUGAUUUCGACUCUUUUGUGUUAUAUUUACAGUUCAUGAAGGUUUUCUCGAUUUUUGCGUUCGACGCUUUGAGUGAUUGACAGUUUCAAAACACACGAGAAUAAAUGUAAGAAUAUCGUGUUUAAAUCAGAGGUGUGUAAAUCUGUCUGUUAAAUGAAGAUGUUCAUAUAUUGAAAUGUUGAGGAUGACGUCACGGGUGGAUGUGAUGUGCUGUAAAUCAGUAGGAACUGAUCUGUCCAUGCUGGAUAUUGAUGAUUUCAUCACAGAAAUCUGUAAGAUGAAGAAAGAGGUGGAGUUACUGGAGGAAAAGCUGCGGACAAGAGGAGAUGAACUCAACUCUGAGGAUGUGUCUGCGGUUUUGUGGAGUCAAUCUUCAGUGUGUGUGAGUUCACUGCUGGACAAACUCUCUGAACAGAAAUCCAGCCUCACUUUACUCUGUUAUACUGACACAAACCCCACAGACGCUCAGGACACUGCGUGUGACAGUAAUCACACCUUGAAUCAGGAUGAAUCUACUGAUCAAACCUCCACAGAGUCUCUGGGUUCUGUCUGUAACGCUGGAGAACAGCAGACCCUGAACACCAUACAACUGAAGAUGUGUUCUGUCAAACUGAUGGACUGCAGGAAACUGAUGGAGAUGAAAACUGAACCCACACCAGAGAAAGAUCAAACUGAUGAAGAGGAGAAUCAUGAGGAUUUUGUUCCUUCAGUCAGUCUGGAAAUAAAAACAGAACCUAAAUCAGAGGAAGAACAGACUGAAGAACAUGAGAAUGAUGAUUUUAUUCCUUCAGAUGAGAGGAUUGAUUCAUGUUGUGAUGGAGAAAUGGCCUCUACGUCAAAACAGCGACUGACAGCACAAACUCUUUCUCGCAUCACCUGUGGGAAGACAUUCGGUUCACAGAGACAUUUGAAGACACGUGAGAGAAAACACACAGAACAGAAACUCUUCACCUGCACCAGAUGUGACAUCAGCUUUCCUACAUCACAAGAGAAGAAACUUCAUUCACAAGAGCACAGAGACAAGAAACACUUUCACUGUGAGCAGUGUGGGAAGAAUUUUCUCUCGUCUUCUCGUCUGAAAGUUCACGUGCGGACACACAGCGGUGAAAAGUCUUUGCACUGCAGUGAAUGUGACAAAUAUUUCAGCACCAAAGCAAAUCUUGUUCUUCAUCAGAGAAUUCACACUGGAGACAAACGGUGUGAGAAGAGAUUCGUAAGUCUUCAGACUCAUCAGAAGAAACACGCUGAAGAACAAACUGAUCUAAAGUCACACAAAACAACACAUACCAAGGAGAAACUCUUUCAGUGUUCACACUGUGAGAAACGCUUCCAUCAAAAAGCUAAUCAGAUAAUUCAUGAGAGAAUUCAUACUGGAGAGAAACCUUAUCAGUGCAGUGUUUGUGGAAAGGGUUUCACUCAACAAUCUGGCCUUGUAAGACAUCAGAGAAUUCAUACAGGUGAAAGACCCUUUAAAUGUUCUCAUUGUGACAAGUCGUUUGCUCGAAUGAGUGCCUUGAAAAACCACGAGAGAAUUCACACUGGAGAGAAACCUUACCAGUGCUCGAGGUGUGGAAAGAGCUUUACUGAUCCAAGUACUUUAAGAGUUCAUCUAAGAAUUCACACCGAAGAGAAACCUUAUCAGUGCUCGAGCUGCGGUGAGAGAUUCGCUUAUUUAAGAAGUCUUCAGACUCAUCACAAGAAACACAGUGAAAGACAAACUGAUCUAAAGUCACACAAAACUACACAUAUCGAGGAGAAACGCUUUCAGUGUUCACACUGUGAGAAACUCUUCCGUCAUAAAGUUAAUCAGAUAAUACAUGAGAGAGUUCACACCGGAGAGAAACCUUACCAGUGCCCUCACUGUGGGAAGAGCUUUACUGAUCGAAGAAAUUUAAGAGUUCAUCUGAGAAUUCACACUGGAGAGAAACUUUAUCAGUGCAGUGUUUGUUGGAAGAGUUUUAAUAGUCAGAACAAUUUAGUGACACACCAGAGAGUUCACACUGGAGAAAGACCUUAUCUCUGUAAAGUUUGUGGAAAGGCUUUCACUCAACAAGCUGCCCUAGUAAAUCAUCAGAGAAUUCAUACAGGUGAAAGACCCUUUAAAUGUUCUCACUGUGACAAGUCAUUUGCUCAAAUGGGUGCCUUGAAAAACCACGAAAGAAUUCACACCGGAGAGAAACCUUAUCAGUGCUCGAGCUGUGGGAAGAGUUUUAAUAGUCAACACAAUUUAGUGAGACACCAGAGAUUUCACACUGGAGAGAAACCUUAUCACUGCAGUGUUUGUGGGAAGGGUUUCACUCAACAAGCUGGCCUAGUAAAUCAUCAGAGACUUCAUACAGGUGAAAGACCCUUUAAAUGUUCUCAUUGUGACAAGUCGUUUACUCGAAUGAGUGUCUUGAAAACCCACGAGAGAAUUCACACUGGAGAGAAACCUUAUCAGUGCUCGAGCUGUGGAGAGAGAUUUACUUAUUCAAAAAGUCUUCAGACUCAUCAGAAGAAACACGCUGAAGAACAAACUGAUCUGGAAUCAUUGUAGCGUCUCUAUCUCUUGCCCUAAUUUUUCUCACAGUAUUUUCUGUGUACUAUGUUCAAAGAGAAAUGUUGCUUAAUAUCAUUUCUCAUGUACGAAUGAAAAUGAAUCAGUUUAAUGUUUUUGUUAAUUAAAGGGAUA